AUGUACAUGAACGUCUUCCGCAUCUUGGGCGACGUGUCCCAUACGGCGUCCAAAUGCAUUCUGAUAUAUGCCAUUCAUUCCAACCAGAGUGCCGAAGGGGUUUCCCUCAUCACCCAGAUCCUCUACAUCGCCGUCUUCUGCACCCGAUACCUUGACCUGUUCUGGGUCCGACCGUCCUUGUCCUGGUGGAAUUUCAUCCUCAAGAACUUUUACAUUUGGUCGUCCAUCUACAUCAUCGUUUUGAUGACCCGAGUGUACGCGCGGACACGCGAGCGAGAAAAGGCCUGGAAAUGGGGAGCCUACGCAGCCGGUGCCUCUCUGGUUGCCGCUCCCCUGGUGUCGCUCAUCUUCAACGGUUGGCGGGCUACCACAUUCGUCGAGGUGCUCUGGACAUUCUCCAUCAUCCUCGAAUCCGUCUGUGUGUUGCCCCAGCUCCUCCUCCUGCGGCAGACCACCGUGCCCACGGUGAUUGACUCGUUUUACCUCGUCACCCUCGGUUCUUAUCGGGCCUUCUACCUCCUCAAUUGGAUUUACCGCACCUUUACCCCGUCGAAACCAGAUGCUAUUUCUGUCAUCUUCGGCAUUGUUCAGACUGCCUUCUAUCUCGAUUUCGCCUGGGUGUACUGGACGAGACAACGGGUCAAACUCAGAGGAGGCACAGUGGUGGAUACAGAUGAUCUGCGAAAGGGCUGGCUGGUGGACAGGGUGAUCAAUCAUGCCGUGCAGGAAGGCGAGGAAGAUGCGGAAGCCGGCCCUGAGGAGCCCAAUGGCCCGGCGCAGCCACCCAAGGCCAACCGGUGGGGACGACGGGGGAUUUCAAUUUCAGCAGACGACACACUGCAUGAGCAUGACAAGAGCAAGAAUGGAGCAUCCAAGCCAUCCAUCUCAGAGGAGGAUCCCAUCCUGGAUGAUGAUGACGCCUUCGCGUCAGACGGGGAGGACGAUGUACCCAAGCUGGGCGACCCGGAGAACCAGAUGCUGAACAGCCACGACGAAUGGCGAACCAGUUCACCCUCCCGCAAGUGA